AUGUCAGAGACCAUUGUGGACCCUACAGAGGCUUACGAGCUGAUUGUGAAGAACCUGCAGGAGGUGCUGAACCCGCAGAUCAUCAAAGAGGUGCUAGAGGAGCAGAAACGGCCGCUGCGGUUGUACUGGGGCACAGCUCCCACGGGCAAGCCGCACUGCGGGUACUUCGUACCGAUGACGAAGCUGGCACACUUUUUGCGGGCAGGAUGCGAGGUGACGGUGCUGCUUGCAGACCUACACGCGUUUCUGGACAACAUGAAGGCGUCGCUGGAGGUGGUGAACUACCGGGUACGGUACUACGAGUUUGUGGUGAAGGCGAUUCUGCGGAGCAUCAACGUACCGAUCGAGAAGCUGCGCUUUGUGGUGGGUUCGUCGUACCAGACGUCGGCGGCGUACACGAUGGACCUUUUCCGGAUGUCGAACGUGGUCUCGCAGAACGACGCGAAGCGCGCGGGAGCGGAUGUGGUGAAGCAAGUGUCGAACCCAUUGUUGAGCGGACUGCUCUACCCGCUAAUGCAGGCGCUGGACGAGGAGUAUCUCGGUGUUGACGCGCAGUUUGGCGGUGUGGACCAGCGCAAAAUCUUUGUGUUGGCGGAGGAGAACAUGGGCAGCUUGGGCUACAAGAAGCGCGCGCACCUGAUGAACCCGAUGGUACCGGGGCUGACGAUGGGCGGCAAGAUGUCUGCGUCUGAUCCUAACUCUAAGAUCGACAUUCUGGAGGAACCCAAGGUGGUGAAGAAGAAGAUAAACACGGCAUUCUGCUCUCCAGGGGAGGUUGAGGACAACGGUCUGCUCUCCUUCAUACAAUAUGUCCUUGGGCCCAUCCAGGAGCUGAAAAACGCUCCUGGCUACUUUGAAUUCUUUAUCGAUCGUCCGGAGAAGUUUGGUGGCCCCAUCACCUACCACUCGUUCGAGGAGCUAAGACAGGCCUUCAAGGACCAGAAGCUAGCGCCUCCUGAUCUGAAGACUGGUGUGGCAGACGCAAUCAAUGCCCUGCUUGCCCCCAUCAGAGAGGAGUUUGCGAACAAUCCUGAAUUCCAGGAUGUUGCCGCGAAAGCAUACCCAGUAGUCACUGAGCAGAAGACUAAGAAAGUCAAGAAGCCAAAGAACAAAGGCACGCGGUACCCAGGCGCCCCAAAGCCUGCUGCAGAUGUAGAUGCAGAGGUCGACGAGGCUUCCGUGCAAAUGAAGAAGACUUCCUUAGAAACCAACUAG